ACCUGCAGAUUCACCUGUCACUCCUGAGCGACUGUGUUACUGGGAACCGACAACAAACGCGUUGCGCUGCGAGUUGGACGGCAACUAGUUUACUGUCAAGGAAUUCAACGGUUCUACUUCAAAACAAGCGGCUGCAAGUACCGUCAUUUCCCCGCGGAGCUUCCUGUUCUGAUCGGCAUGUGAUGUCAGGCUGAUGCUUCAGCUGCUGUCUCUCCCACUGUUGUCACCUCGAGCAUCCCGUCCGGAAAACACCACUGUGGAUGCCUUAAACGAUGAGUGUCCUUGGACCUCCGUCGAGGAAAGCCAAUGGAGUGGCCAGAUCGGACAGCAAGAUCAGUGCCAAGGCCCUCUACGAACAGAGGAAAAAAUACUCCAACUCCAAUUAUAUCAUGCAUGAGACGUCGCAGUAUCAUGUUGAGCAUCUCUCCACGUUCAUUAUGGACAAGACAGAGUCCAUCAUCACAGUGGACGAUGCCAUCAAGAAACUGGUCCUUCUGGACUCAAAGGACAAAAUCUGGACCCAGGAGAUGCUCCUGCAGGUCACUGACAAGGCGGUCAGGCUGCUGGACUGUGACACACAGGAAGAGUUGGAGAACUUCCCUCUCCCCACCAUCCACAUGAGUCAGACGGUCCCGAAUCAGACACGUUACCCCUCCGUGCUGCUGCUGGUGUGUCAGGACAAGGAGCAGCACAAACCAGACAUCCACUUCUUUCACUGUGACGAGGUGGAGGCUGAGAUGGUUUAUGAAGAUAUAGACAGUGCCAUUGGAGACAACAAGCACGGGAAGAAAAUGAGGCUUCAGACUCUCAAAGUGAACCAGGAGAAAAUGAAGCGCCACAGAGAAACCAUCCUCCCCCCCUCGGCCCCUAAGGGCCCCUCACCUGUUGCAAAGGGACGCGCGGCAGCCACAAACACACGGGACCGACGAGCCUCCGCACAAAAUGACACAGAGUCACAUGAAAAGCUGGCUCGGCGCAUUGAGCAGGAUGUACAAAUCCUCAACUGUGCCCUGGAUGACAUAGAGAUCUUUGUGGCGCGGCUGCAAAAGGCGUCAGAUGCCUUUUCUCAGCUCAACCAGCGCAACAAGAGUAAGAAGAAUAAGAAGAAAGGACCAGCAGAGGGCAUGUUGACCCUGCGGGCCAAGCCCCCCUCUGAAGCAGAGGUUAUUGAUAGCCUGCAGAAACUGAAGCUGGCCCUCAACCUCUUGGCCAAACUGAAGAAGCACAUACAAAAUCCAAGUUCGUCUGAGUUGGUUCAUUUCCUCUUCGGCCCUCUGGAGCUGGUGCUGCAGAGCUGUGGGAGUCCUGAACUGGUGCGUUCAGUGAUCUCCCCUCACCUUUCCAAAGACACCGUCGACUUCCUGCGCGGACACCUCACCCCCAAAGAGAUGACUAUCUUUGAGCUAAUGGGGGAUGGAUGGACCAAACCCAGAGCGGAGUGGCCCAGGGAUCAGUGCGCGCCUCCUUAUCACCCAAAGUUUCGUAACGGCUGGGAGCCGCCUGUGGAGCUCAUCAGGAUGACCUCAUGGGAAACGGAGGGACCCACAGGGCCACUGGGGCCUCCCACCAGCCCCGAUUACAGAACACACUCAGCGGAGGAUUUUUAUGGAACUCAUUCCUCAAACUCGUCAAAUGGGUCUUACAAUGGGAUGCCCCCCACCCGCAAAUAUGCCAAAAUUCACUACCACUUUGUAGCACGGAAUGCCAACGAGCUGUCAGUGCUGCAAGACGAAAUCCUCGAGGUGAUAGAGGAUGACAAACAGUGGUGGAAACUACGGAAUCGCAGCGGUCAGUCUGGCUACGUCCCGUUAAACGUCCUGGAAGUUGUGAAGAUCGAGGAGUCAGAAGCCGCCUUUAACCACCAGGGAUACAGUACGUCACCCCCCCCUCUGAGCCAUAGAGAGAGUUUCAACAAGGGUAGACCCAGUGACAAAAAGAUGGAUAUGGUCAACAAUGAGUUAUUGAUGAAGAUCACUGCAAACAAAAGCCAGCCGCCUGCCAGGAAGUACCGUGCGGAGCGAUCGUCCGGAAGCCAAGUACCGCUCAACUUUGACUCAAACCCAGAGCAAGUGACGACAUGGCUCAGUGCAAAAGGUUUCUCGAAACCGACUGUUGAAUGUUUGGGGAUCCUGACCGGAGCUCAACUGUUUUCCCUCAACAAAGAGGAGCUGAAGGCGGUGUGCGGAGACGAAGGCGGUCGUGUGUACUCACAGAUCACCGUGCAGAAAGAAAUGCUAGAGAAGACCAGCGGAGACUCAGAGCUGGAGGAGAUCAUGAAGCGGCGGCAGGAGAGGAUCAACUCUGGCAGCAAAGACUGAAUCUGCCAGCACGACGCGCCCAGGCGCUUUGACCCUCUAACUGCAGCAGCUCCUUCAAUCAAUCUACUAGUUAGUUAUGACCGACAGUAGAAGAUACUGAAAUGUUGUAUACAUUUUUAACUGUAUAUUUAUUUUGUAUCACCCAAUGUGUAUGUAUUCCAGUGUUUUCUUAGCUAAUUAUGUUGCUUUUGUUUUCAUUGUCUCAUUAAAUUGUGUUGUAUGAAAAGAGGAUGAAUAUGAAUCUAUGUACAGUUUUGUGUGUGUGUGUGAGUGUGUGUGUGUGUGUGUGUGUGUGUGUGUGUGUGUGUGUGUGUGUGUGUGUGUGUGUGUGUGAGCACAACAUGCAUGUAACGUACAUAUUUGUACGAGCAUUGUGGUCAAUGUUUAUGCUCAUUGUCAAUAUUGCAGCUGUUUACUGAAUGACUUAAAUAAGUAGAUCUUAGCUAUCGCAUAACUAAAUCUGUGCCAGAAUGUUUGACACAUUUUCUCAUAUAUAGCCAUUUAUUUUCAUAUUACUGUUUACAGGUACAAUAAAUAAUAAAACACAACCUAUGUAUGUAAGAAGUACUAAUCCUGCUUUGUAAUGGAAGACCAGCUGUAGGUAGAAACAGAGUUGCUGUUUACAAUCAGAAUUCAGACAUUCUGGCAAGAGAAGCUGUUAAUAAUCCUGCAUGAUGUUAUUGUCAAUAACAAUGAUGUGCUCUCAUUAAUGUGUUUUUAUGCAGCAUGCUAUUUUGCAGUGUAAACUGCACAGACACACAGGAAUAAUAAGGAAUGUAUAGGAGUAUGUUGUUCGGAUAUUAAUACUUAAAUAAAGCUUUAGGCAAAGCAUUCAAGGGGGUUGCAAAUAUUAUAGGACACACUUUAAAAAGAACAUAAUACAAAAAUAAACUUGGUUAAUAUUUGAUAUCACAUCUUUUUUGUACAUAAUUAUUGUGUUUGUCUUGGAUUAAUCAUACCAGAGGUGAAGAAACAGAUAUUUUAUUGUAUACUGUGAGAUCAGAACAUCAGAUCAGAUCAGAUUUAAGUACAGUAACUUUAACUAAUCCUCAAUUACACAGAAUGUGACAUUCGUCUGCGUAAUUGUCAUAUUUUACUGUUCAAACAUGAUUGUUCACAUGAUAGAUAAUGAAAAAACAUCACUUUAAAUACCUCACAAUCAGUUUUCACAAUUGUAUCUAUAACACCAUGCCACUGUUGUUCACUGUGUGAGCACAACAAAUCCGGCA